UUUUUUUAUUUAUUCUACAUUACAGUGAAUUAUCAGCGCUAUCAAUAGUGAUGAUAAACGAAAAGAAAGAAGUGACAGGGUUCAUUGCUUUCUCCGACCAUCCUGACAUACUAGGGGUACAUCCUAGUGAGUGGGAAAACUGGAUACGGAACUCCUAUCAGCGUUACUACCUGUCUCGUAACACACUGUUCAUCCACUUCAUGUGUUGUACCGACGCUGUUAAGGACUUCUUUAUAGAGGAGGCGUUUAUCGCGGUGUUCCUCAAUGACUACUACCUACAGUACAUUGUGUUGUCAGUUCCUAUGUUCUGUCCAGAAGAAUUAAUAACGAGGUAUUUAACAUACAAGAAACGUAACAUCUACAAAUAUUUACCGAGGGUCAAAGAGGGGAUUGGUGAUUAUUUGCUAACAGCAUUGAGAGCUGACUUCUGUCCUAAGCUCAAGAUGCGUAGAGCAGUAGAAGAAGACAAUGAUGAUUUAGUAGACAUUUUGGAUAAAAAGUGUCCUCGUCUAAAGCGAUUGUACGGCGAAUACUAUAUCAGUGAAAUUAUUGGAAGACAUCCAGAGAGUACCAGGCAAAUUAUCGUGGCUGAUAUCCAAGGCCGAGCCGUAGCGGUUAUGUGCUUGAACACAGACAUAAACUAUAAGAAACUGCAGAAAAUAUAUGAGUUGCGUCCUUAUCACGGGCUUAAGACCGCUACACCUCUUGAGAGAGAACAGACUAGGAGGAGUAAUGUACUCCUCUCUGAUUUUGGGGAGCCUAUAAUGCUUGGCAAAUGGAGUCCUUUUGACCAGGCUUCGAGAAUAAAACGACAUCGGUCUAGUGAUGCCAAAGUAAAAACACUACGACAAAACAUGAAGAAUUCCAGUAGAGUGAAUUUCCAAGCUCGCGCCGGUAGCAUGGAACACAUUAUAGCAAGAUCCCAGUCAGAAGACUUCAGUGAAAUGGGCGAUCUGCCUUCACCUUCACUGUCAGCAUCAUUAUACUCAGUUGUUAACUUACUGGACGAAGAUCCCUUUGAUUACGAAAUAGUUAAUAUUGAUACGACGCUUAUAUUGACGGAAACCAGAUCUCAGGAAUUGUUUCGGAGCGCUAUAUCCUUAGCGGGGAAAUCGUCUUUUGAGGCUAAUUCUUCAUUUACUAAAUCAAGUAAAAUAGAAGCACGCAGUUCCUUGCAAGCAAGAAAAAUCAAAAUACCAAGACCAAGACCCAAAAUGAAUAUUAACAUAGAAGAUAAUGAUUCAGUGUAUCACGGUGGAAAGAACGCGUUUAUGAUCGAGUUAUGUGCUUUCCGUGAAGACAUGGAUGACAGACAUGCUUACGACUUAUUGGAAGCAGCAUUCGAAUUAACAAAGGAUUACGAUUAUUGCAUCAUACGCGUCCCAUCUGCCGACAAGACUUUUCCGCUGCUACAACAUUUUUGUUUUGUACCAACAAAACAGAAGGUUUGUUGCGAUUACUCACUGUAUGUUGCCCAUCGAAGUUCGGUACUGGGGAAACUGCGAGUUCGUGAAGCCGAGAUCAUUGACAUUCCCCAAAUAGCGCGCCUAAUGACGAAUCUAGAUGGAAAGGAGACGAUCGCGACUGUGGAACAAAUGAUCAGCAAGCCAGAGAACCAAGCGUAUGUGUUCACAAGCGGGAUGCAUAUCGUUGGCUUAGGAAUAUUAGAGACUCCUGAUCAAAUAGACUUCUUACGCGGAAGGUUCAAUUUAGACUCAUACCAGAUUCACAAGUACCAUGUGGUAGCGAACGGUUUGGAGGCCGGCUUCGGCACUCUAAAGUGUGCUAUAGCAUACCCUGUGUUUGAACCGCAUUUCAGGUUCUUUACAAGAGAAUUGAUGCGGCUUUCUGGGCAUGGAACCUUAUUGUGGAUGACUGCUUAUAGGAAUAAAUGGACCAUACACAAGGCUAAUUCCAUUGUGACUGCUAUGAUUCCUCUGACGCCGAGGCCGGUGGAUAUAGAUAGUGCGGCUGUACCUGAACUGAAGAGGAUAAGUACACUUAUUGAAAAAAUAACACCGUUUAGUUGUUGGUUCAUCAGCAGAAAAUUUACAUCAAUUCCUAAAGCAGAUGUUAACACACGGAUUGUUAUAAUCGGGGCUUCUAGAACUGCUCUAGGUUUCAUAAACGCUUUACUAUUUGGUCAAACAUCGACCUACCUAACUUUUAACAAUGUGACCUUAGUUUCGCCUAACGGACUACCAUACGUCAGACGUUCGAAGCCAAUAGCAGAAUCCAUGUUUCUCAGGCAUUACAUCAGUACCGACAAGUAUUUGAAGAGUGUGCCUUACACUUAUUACAUAAACGUUGUGCACGGAACUAUGAUGGAGAUUGACUUACACGAGAAGUUCAUAACUUUAACUAGUGGACGAAGAUUCCACUACGACCUUCUCUUUUUGUGUUUUGGCAAACAAUAUCAGCAUCCAGAUCAUAUGAAACAGCUGUUGCAGAGGGACAUUGAAAUGAAAUAUACAGCAGCACAGUACACGCGUUUGGACGAACCUACAUACAGUGACACUGAGAUACAGAUAACUAAUGAUGAAACACCAGAGAAUGUGUUUAUAAUAAACACCGUUGCUGAAGCGAGCAGAGCACUGGACUAUGUCAAGCAAUUCGCUUAUGACCGUCAUAAGAAAAUCAUUGUGUACGGAGCUACAAUUCACGUGUACUUGUGUAUCAAUGCGCUUUUGGACAUAAGAGUGAAGCCGGAAAGCAUUAUUUUCAUAGAGCCCUUUCCAUACGAGAAUCCCAAUAAGACGAGAGUUUCUGUCUUCCAUAACACUAAUGUGGACCAAUCAAUGAUAAAUAUACUACAAAGCUUGAACAUAAAGGUGUACCGAUCAUUUUACUUCAAGUCGUGGUCUACUUCUAUAGAUAACAUUAUAACGCGGGCGGACUUCUUGUCAUACUCUGAUUAUUUGGAAAUUGAAUGUGCUGCUCUUUUCUAUUAUGGAACAGUGGGAGUCAAUAUGAGAGCUUUUGUAGCUAUUCACAAAAGCGGUCUGGCGUACGACGGCGGUAUAGUGAUUGACCACGAGUGUCGAACUCUCGACCCAUACGUAUAUGCAGCGGGUCCUUGCACGAGGUACCAUAAGCGGUACCACGCAGACGCUCGGAGCCACAAGUAUUAUGACUGUUAUGAACUCGGACAAAAGUUGGGUGCUCAUUUAAGAAAUCAAUUGGACCCAAUGUUUAGGGAAGCUAAGCCGGCAUUCAGAUACAAAUGGUUGGAUGAUUUGGUACAGGCUGGUAGAAUGUCAAAGUUACGUGCACACGACAAGAGACGUGGAUCUACUAGUGCUAAACCUUCAGCUAUUUCUUUACACAAAGACAACGUUCUCCACGGUAGCGAUUACGCGAGGCCCGAGAUGGCGCUCAUAGAUCUGUACAAGCCUCUAGUAAUGUAUUGUGUGUUACCCGGAGGGCUCAAGUAUCUUGAGGUCCGCUCGCCCGGGCUGAAGACGCCGCAUAAUUACGUCCAAUCAUUGGAUUUUAAUGGCUUCGUAAUGGAGACUUGCAAAGGAGGUUACUUCAAGAUACAUUUAACCAAAGAUUUAGUUGUCGAUGGUAUCACUUGUCUAUGUCAGGGGAAGUAUUCCUUGGAGAACUUUAAGUAUCUUUAUGGCAGGCCAGCGUCAGAACUCAAUAAUAUGCACGUGAGAUACAUGGCAAAUAAAUUGGACGAUUUCUUUGAGUAUUUUAGAUCUCCGUGGGCGUUCUUUUUGUAUCACGACCAUUCAGACGACUUGUUUGCUAUGAUCAAGCAAUUGUUCCCCAAGGGUCAAUAUAAAGGAAAGACUCUUAAAGAAGCAUUGCGAGAGGUUGGAGUCUCACGAAGCUGCAGCUGUCCAGUAUUCACAAUGAACACCAAAAUGGAUAUACAAGCAAACUUCGAAAAGUCUCCUCACAUUGAAGCUGUAACUGACUACGUCAUAGAUUGGCUAUCCCGGAACGACGUACUCCUACCGAUGUACUUACAGCCGGGACAAACAGCGCAAUUCGCGCAUGACUUGUUAAACCACCCUGUAUUUGCGAAAAAAGAAAAGAGACACGUUAGACUGAAACAGGAUUCAGAGACGACAGAUGUGUCUAGCUGUUUUACGUCCACAUCAUCGAAGUCGUCUAAAAGCUUUGAGUAGUACUGUUGCUAUACUUGAAUGUUAUGUAGAGAUAUGGAUAUGGUUCAUGUAUUAAAUUUGCUUUUGGAUAACGAUUAAUAAGUU